CUGGCGUCACUGUGUUUUUGGCACCUGGCUGGGGGGACCCACAUCAGCUGCGCUCUGCACCUGCCUGCCAGCAGGGGCCUGGCCUCAGCGCACCAAGCACACGUUGCCCUCCCACCUCCUGCCCCCUCUGUGGCUUUCUGGCCGCAGCCCUGCCCCUGCCCUCAUGAUGUGCCUGCCUCCUGCCCCUUCCUGCUUGUGUGACACGCCUCCUCCCACCCAGCUCCCGUGGAAGUCUCUGACCAGCAUCAUUGAGUACUACUACAUGUGGAAGACCACCGACAGAUACGUGCAGCAGAAACGCUUGAAAGCAGCUGAAGCUGAGAGCAAGUUAAAGCAAGUUUAUAUUCCCAACUAUAACAAGCCAAAUCCGAACCAAAUCAGCGUCAACAACGUCAAGGCUGGUGUGGUGAACGGCACGGGAGCACCGGGCCAGAGCCCUGGGGCUGGCCGGGCCUGCGAGAGCUGUUACACCACACAGUCUUACCAGUGGUAUUCUUGGGGUCCCCCUAACAUGCAGUGUCGUCUCUGCGCAUCUUGUUGGACAUAUUGGAAGAAAUAUGGUGGCUUGAAAAUGCCAACUCGGUUAGAUGGAGAGAGGCCAGGACCAAACCGCAGUAACAUGAGUCCCCACGGCCUCCCAGCCCGGAGCAGCGGGAGCCCCAAGUUCGCCAUGAAGACCAGGCAGGCCUUCUAUCUGCACACGACGAAGCUGACACGGAUCGCCCGGCGCCUGUGCCGUGAGAUCCUGCGCCCGUGGCACGCCGCGCGGCACCCCUACCUGCCCAUCAACAGCGCGGCCAUCAAGGCCGAGUGCACGGCGCGGCUGCCCGAAGCCUCCCAGAGCCCACUGGUGCUGAAGCAGGCGGUGCGCAAGCCGCUGGAAGCCGUGCUCCGGUAUCUUGGUGAGCAGUCCAGGCGUGAUGGGGGUUCCUAAUGCUGCCUGCAGGCAGCUUCUGACCAAGCUGAUGCACUGGUGCUCCCAGCC